AUGAAGCGGAUGUUUGGAUCUUCCAAGGCUAAGGAGCCACCUCCAGACCUUAAUGCUGCCAUACAGAACGUUGAAAGUCGGUGUGAGAGCAUUGACAAAAAAAUAGCGAAGCUUGAUGGUGAUCUAGUUAAACUCAGAGAUCAAAUGUCCAAAAUGAGGGAAGGACCAAGUAAGAAUCUAGUCAAGCAGAAGGCAUUAAGAAUUUUGAAACAGAAACGUACAUAUGAAAAUCAGAAAGCUCAACUUGACCAACAAGCAUUUAACAUGGAUCAGAGUAAUUUCGCUUUACAAGGAAUGAAAGAUAACCAGGUGACUGUGGCGGCUAUGAAAGAUGGUUUGAAGGCGAUGCAAAAGGAAUACAAAAAGAUGGAUAUUGGAAAAAUUGAAGAUUUGCAAGAUCAAAUGGAAGAUAUGCUCGACUUGAACAAUGAAAUCCAAGAAAGCAUGAGUAGACAGUAUGAUACUCCAGAUAUUGAUGAGAGUGAGUUGGAGGCUGAAUUGGCACUUCUUGGAGAUGAAUUAGAUUUGGGAGAGACUGAUACCAACUUCUUAGAUGAAGCCCUUAAUGCUCCCGGUGUACCCGAAGCAAAGCCCCAACGUGCUAAGGUCUCGGAAGGGCUGGAGGUUGAUGAAUUCGGUUUGCCUAAAAUUCCUGCUUAA